AGACCAGAUCACAUUCUUGAUUUGGCUUUCAGCUUGAAUUGUUAUUGGUGUAUAGAAAUGUGACUGAUUUUUGUACAUUGAUUUCAUAUCCUGAAACUUUACUGAAGUUGUUAAUCAACUCCAGGAGUCUUUUGGCAGUCUGUAGGAUUUUCUAUGUAUAGUGUGAUACCAUCUUUGAAGAGAGAGAGUUUGUCAUCUUUUCCUAUUUAGAUGCUUUUUUUUUCUUUCUCUUGCCUGAUUGCUCUGGCUAGCACUUCCAGUACUAUGUUGAAUAGAAAGGAUCUUAUUUUUGGGAAAUUUUUCCAACUAAGCUUUCAAAACAGUAAUGAUGAGAGCAUUAUAUGCUGAUUGCCAGUAUUUUCCUUUGACUGUUUAACUUUAAAUGAUCCAUUUUUUUUGCUUAAUGACCUUGUAGAGAUAUUUAUAAAACACCUUUUGAUUUUUGACUGGGGCUGGAUUUUUAAAAAAAUGUAUAAAGAGCUAUAUAACAUUGGUUUCAAAUGAAUUAUUUCUACCUUUUUAUCGUGUUAAUUAGUUUUAUCAGGUACAGCUGUAGAUUCCAAAGCAGUGUUAUCUAUAUAAACUUUAGUACUAUUAUAUUCGUAUGCUACUGGAUAAGAAAUUACUUAUUCGAGACUAAGAAUUAUUCUUGCAACAGAAGCUUAUCAGUAACAUUAUUUGAUUGCUUUUGCUGUGUGCACAAGUGAGGCUCUGUCUAGACUUAUACACUAGGUAUAUUUCUUUUGUUCAUACAUUAAAUGAGUUAUAGAUACUAAUUUAAUAUGUAAGAAAUUUUGAUUUUUGAUUUAAGUAUCAGAAUAACCAAAUUGUAACAACAAAAGUGCUGGAACUUUGGUAUUUAAAAAGGACAAAAUAUACCAGACUAUUAAAAACUGGUAUUUAAAUCAUUAAACAUAAUGAGGUAUGAAAAAGUAUCUUUAAAAUAAUAAAGCAUUACAUAAAUGUGAGAUCAGAUCAUAAAUUUGACAGCAGGGCACUAUUUUUACAGGUUAACAUUCACUUAAUCUGACUAUGAAUUAGAAAAAUCUCGAAUUUAUAGAGUUCAUUUAACUUUAUUAAAGCAAUUUGCCAACUCAGUUACAGAAAUACAGAAAACAUUACUAUCUGGAGAACUACUCAAUUGUAAGUUUAUCAUCGUUGAAAUUGUUUAAGCAGAGACUAGGUGACCAUUUGUCAGGAAUAUUAUCGGAAGGAUUCCUGCAGUCAUGGAAUUGUGUUUGGUUACUGUCAGUAUGCCUUGCGAUACUAAGAUUCUGUUAUUCCCUGCUCAUUUAUCACGCUACAAAACCAGAGACAAAAAUGACUCCCUAAAAUAUAUGUUGAUGACACCAUAUAGGCUGUAAAUAUGAGCUUUCAAAAAUGUUUUGCCAUUAGCUAAAAACUAACAAUUGGUUUUAUUAGGGUGAUUUUGUGUUUAUAUUGCAAGGUGUUCAAUUGAGCUUCUUAUAUCUGUAGUUUUCAUCAAAUGUGGAGAAUUUGAGGCCCUUUUUGUGGUGUUCCCUCCUGGGACUGUAAUUACAACCUGUUGUAAACCACUUGCCAUUGUUCCCUUUGGUUCUUUUUUUUUUUCUUUUUAAUAUCUUCUGUCACUAUAUUUAUGUUUUCCUUUAAAUAAUUGGAUAGGUAUAUAAUGGCUGGUUUGUUUUGUUUUGUUUUGUUUUGCUUUGUUUUGUCUUGUUUUGUUUUGAGACAGAGUCUUACUCUGUCACCCAGGCUGGAGUGCAGUAGUGGCAUGAUCUUGGCUCACUGCAGCCUCCACCUCCUGGGUUCAAGUGAUUCUCCUGCCUCAGCCUCCCCAGUAGCUGGGACUACAGGCACGUGUCACCACACCUGGCUAAUUUUUUGUAUUUUUCGUAGAGAAGGGGUUUCACCGUGUUAGCCAGGAUGAUCUCGAUCUCCUGACCUUGUGAUCCACCCACCUCGGCCUCCCAAAGAGCUAGGAUUACAGGCAUGAGCCACCGUGCCCGGCCUUAAUGGCUGUGUCAACAUACUUAUUUGCUAAUUACAGUAUCUUUUUCAUUUCUCAGUCUUUCUAGUGACUGAUUUUUCUCCUGGUUUGGGGUAUCAUUUUCUGCUUCUUAUCAUAUCUACUAAUUUUUAUAUUAGUUGUUAGGCAUCGAUGAUUUCAUAUUGUUGGUUAUAGAUUUAUUCUUUAGGCAGUUAAAUUACUUGCAGUUCAGUUUAUUCUUUUCAAGCCUUUGUUAGGGUAAAUAUAGAGUGGCCUUUGCCCUAGAGAGAGUUUAGCACCAUUUCUAAGGCAUAGCUAUUGUGGGAUUGCUGGUAAAUUCUGUGAGUGAUCAACCGGAACGCUCAACUCUAGCUGGUUGGACCUCAGAUGCCUCCCAGGCUUGUGUGGCACUCUGCUUGACCUCAUAGAGUUUUACUUUAAGCUUAUGUGUCUAAAUAUCCAGCCAACACUCAAGGGGCUCCUAAGCAGAUUUCUGGAGUUCUGUUUUUAUCUAUCUGUCUGCUUUCUGGUACUCUGCAUCUUCAGCCACUUCAACCUCCCUGAACUCCAGCCUCUGUCUUCUCAACUACAUGAAACCACCAUGCUUUGCUUGGGAACCCCUAGCCUGCUCUGAGCUCUGUACCUGCAGGUAGAAUCUAGAAUGAUGGAUAAGCCUCACUUCAUUUCUCUCAAGCAUCAUAGUCUUAAGGUGCAUGUCAAUAUAUUAAUAUCUGCAGUUGUUUCACGUAUUUUUGUCUAGUUUUCUGUUUCUUCACAGUAAGAAGCUAAAGUUACUUCUUAGUUACCUGUUACUCUCAAGGCCAGAAGUAAAGGAUAAAGCAUUAAAAUAAAAGCUAAGAAAAUAUUUUAAAAUCUAAUAUAAAAAUCCAUUUUGCGGCCGGGUGCAGUGGCUCACACCUGUAAUCCCAGCACUUUGGGAGGCCAAGGCGGGUGGAUCACGAGGUCAAGAGAUUGAGACCAUCCUGGUCAACAUAGUGAAACCCCGUCUCUACUAAAAAUACAAAAAAAAAAAUUAGCUGGGCACAGUGGCACGUGCCUGUAAUCCCAGCCACUCGGGCGGCUGAGGCAGAAGAAUUGCCUGAACCCAGGAGGUGGAGGUUGUGGUGAGCCGAGAUCGUGCCAUUGCACUCCGGCCUGGGUAACAAGAGCGAAUCUCCGUCUCAAAAAAAAAAAAAAAAAUCAAUUUUGCUAUGCAUCCGAAACUUUUUGAUGUUAUCACUUAAAUAUGUUUUUCUCACCUCAAUCACUGAAAUUUUCACUGGAUAAAAUAACUAAAUGGGGCUUUGUGUUACCUUGGUGAGGAGAUAAGUGUAUUCUGGGAAGAAAGAGAAAAAGGUAUUUAUUUGGUGAUGAAAUUGACGGACUAUGGCAAAGACUGCUGCUAUACAGUCACCAAACUGUUUCUUUUUUCUAUGGGACGCAGAACUAGGCUACAUUUCAUAUGCAUGAAACGCUUUGUUUACCACUGUGUGAUGGGGCAUACAUACUUCUUUGCUUAGUGAUAUAUGCAAGAAACACUGUUUAGUAGUGUGUGGUAUGUAUGCUACUGUGUUUAGAGAUAUGGGUGUGAAACACUGUGUGCUCCUAGGUGUGACCCUGUGACUGACUUCAGCCCAAUAUAACCUAGGCACAAGUGAUAUAUGUCAUUUCUGUGACUGGCCCAUUUAAACCUCCCAGGUGAUCCUUCUUGGUUGUUUUUUUUUUUUAAAAAAAAUUGUGUUACGGGUGGAUAUAGAGGGUCUAGAAGCAAAUUCCAAGGCCUCAAGAUCCACAAGGUAGAAGAAACUUGAGUCCCCGAAUCACUUCAUAUAGCACCUGCAUCCCCCUCACUUUGCUAAUCCUCAUUUGAUUUUUAUGUGAGGGAAAAGGAGAUCCUUUUGUAUGUUUCUGUGUGUGUUAAGCCACUGAGAUUGAGGUUUUACUGGUUGAGGUGAUCAGCCCAUGCUCACUUGUAUCAAACAGUAUUUUUAGUAAAACUUACAGGUAUUUAGGUUUUUUUCAGUAGAUAAUAAUAUCUUUCUUUGCAACUACAUGAAAAGAUAAACUCAGCUAUUCAUUGAUAUUGAUGGCCCCUGGCCUGUUGCAUCACUGAAUCAGGUUCUUGAAUCUCAAUUCAUAUUUUAAAAUUGAUUUGAACUCAGUAUAUUUUCGAGUCUGCUGAAAAUAACUAAAACAAUGAUUUUUUUUAACUAAAUCUUUUUGCAUUUCCAUCAGUGUCUUUCUAGUAUGCUGUUCUUUUAAGCCUUAGUACAAAUGCUGUAAAAUCUGAUAGCCAAAUACUGGCUGGGCCCAAACAACUGUGGAAUGUAGCAGUCAGUGUGUCAGCAUGGAAGGAUGCCCAUAAUAACUUUUGCUCAGUUGAGGAAGAACGCACAGCAUCACUCGCCCAUAGCACUUAUAAAAUCUCAUUGGCAAGAUUUGGUGAAAGCCCUCUUUACUGGGAAUGGGGUUGGUUCCUUUCUUAGGCUCUGACUCUGCUCUUGGGAGGAAUGUUCUUGUCCAUUUUUUCCCUAGCCUCUGGCCACAGUCCAUGGGAGUUUCUUCCUUUUCCAUCUUCUUACCCACAUUCAAAGCGGAUGAUGAGAUGCCCUCUUUUGGGGAUGCACAGCUUUCAGAGCUCAUUUUCUGUUUGAGCAAAAUUGGGUGUCUAGAGGUGAUGUUACAGUUCAAAGGCUUUUUAGUCCUAGUUUCUAUAAAUUCCAUCAAAAUAUUAGUUCUAUGUAUAAUUUCAGAGCAUGAUUUCUUUCUUUGGCCCAUACCUCUGUCUGCCUAAUGGCAGCUACCAUGCAGGUAUUCACAUAAUUGAUAAAGGUGAUGUGAAGUUAACACCUAUUUAUAAUCUGAUCCUUUCCACAAGGCUAUUAGUGGCCUUUUGUGGCUCAAGACUUUUCUCAGCCUUAUCUCUUUCUUUUUGGGAUCUAGAAAUAGUUGGCCUUUCCAACUAUUUAAUGCCCUUUGAUGCCCCAAAUUUCUAGAUUCUUUCUUAGACUCUCUAUUCCCUUUAUUUCUCCUUGCUGGUUAGCUAUAUUGCAAGCUCAUCAAUUUAUUGUCUUGUCAAAGGCAGCCAGUAACAUCUAGUACACAUGCAUUAGUCCAUUCUCAUGCUGCUAAUAAAGACAUACCUGAGACUGGGUAAUUUAUAAAGGAAAGAGGUUUAAUUGACUCACAUUCUAGCAUGGCAGGGGAGGCCUCCGGAAACUUACAGUCAAGGCAGAAGUGGAAGCAAACACGUCCUUGUUCACAUGGCGACAAGAAAAAAGUGCCAAGCAAAAGGGGGAAAAGCCCCUUAUAAAACCAUCAGAUCUUGUGAGAACUCACUAUCAUGCGAACAGCAUCAUGGGGGUAACCUCCCCCAUGAUUCAAUUACCUCCCACCAAGUGCCUCCCAGUCAUGUAGGGAUUAUGGGGACUAUAAUUCAAGAUAGGAGUUGGGUGGGGACACGGCCAAACCAUAACAACACAUUAUUAUUAGUUGUUUUCCCAACGCCGUUCCUUUGACCUACAGUCUUAGUAAGCGCUUCAGCUGCUGUGGCAUAACAGGAAUCCCAGGCUUCCCAUCUCCUGUAUUUGUUUCUGUGCCUCUCACUGCAGACCUGCUAAGUUAAUGCCACAAAUAUUAGUAUUUUGUUAAGGUAGCACCUAAUUUCACGUUAUUAAUUUCUCUACUAUGACUAUAAAAAAUAACUCUGAGACCUCAGAGGCUUAACACAGAGGUUUCUUUCUCACACACAUCACCAUCCAUUCUGGUUGCAGCAGUGAAAAGGAGUAAAAAUUAACAAAAUGGUAUUUAUAUCUGGGGAGAGAGGCAGAAAUGUGAAUGAGACACACACAUAAGAUAUUUUAGAAUUAUCGAUAGCAUCUGUUAGGCUGAGUGGUAGGUACAUACACAUCCAUCUUAUUCUACUUUAAAUCAUUCAUAUAUAAUAAAUAUACUUGGGUAUGUAUUUUUUUUUGAGACAAGUCUUGCUCUGUUGCCCAGGAUGGAGUGCAGUUGCACGAUCACAGCUCACUGCAGCCUUGAACUCCUGAGCUCAGCCUCUCAGGUGUGUGUCAUUGCACCUUACUUAUUUUUUUUUUAAUUUUUGGUAGAGUUGAUGUCUUGCCAUGUCGCCCAGGCUGGUCUUGAACUCCUGGCCUCAAGCAUUACUCCUGGCUUGGACUCCCAAAGCAUUUGGAUUACAAGCAUAAGCCACCCACACCAGGCCUCUCAGCUGACUUUUAAACCAUGUUAUUACACAUCAACAUAUUAACGAGGAAAGUGUAAACAUUUUUUCCUACUCUACCUCAUUCCUCACCUUCACAAACAAGAAGCUUUUCUCCUUUAAGGUGGUCUGACAUUUUCGUGCUAAAGAAAUUCCUCAUAACUUCAUACAGCCACAGUUGGCUGUCACUGUGGCUAAAGGAAAAUGAGUUCGUUUGUAACUUUGCGAUCCCCUCAGACCAUAGAGCUAUAACCAGUGACUCCAGGAGCUGCUUCUACUGCUUCUGCUGUGUUGCUACCCUGAGGGGAUGCCCUCACAAUGAAUCAGUGUGGCAUUGCCCAGGCUUACUGUGGACCUUAUGUGACACAGGCACUCCUCCACAGUUACAGUGUCACUUUGGUUUAGCUCCACAUUUUCUAGCAAAGAUUUGUGGUUAAAAUGAGGCAGAUUUUGUAGAACUAAAUCCUGUUUGAAAAAGUGAAUUAGGCCGGGCGCAGUGGCUCAAGCCUGUAAUCCCAGCACUUUGAGAGGCCAAGGCAGGUGGAUCACGAGGUCAAGAGAUCGAGACCAUCCUGGUCAACAUGGUGAAACCCCGUCUCUACUAAAAAUACAAAAAUUAGCUGGGCAUGGUGGUGCGCUCCUGUAGUCCCAGCUACUCGGGAGGCUGAGGCAGGAGAAUUGCUUGAACCCAGAAGGCGGAGGUUGCGGUGAGCCAAGAUUGUGCCAUUGCACUCCAGUCUGGGUAACAACAGUGAGACUCCAUCUCAAAAAAAAUAAAUAAAUAAAAAUAAAAAUAAAAAGUGAAUUAAUAUACUGAAAGAUGAGAAAACUGUCAAGUCUUACUGCAGUCUAAUGCAGGGCAUCAUUAGAAGUUGGUUCUAUUCGUUGACCUUUGUUACUGCCUAAGGCCAAUGGUUCUUAACUCAGUGGGAAAAACAAAUCACUUCUGUAUGUAUCCUAAAUACUAGAAUGUGAAAUCCAAUAAACAAUCUCUGCCAUACCGUGCUGCUAAAAUCAAGUCAUAAUUGUUAAGCAGAGGUGUGAGAUGGUGUUAAUCUUUUUGAAGUGCUAUAACAAAAUACAUGCUGGGUGGCUUAUAAACAGCAGAAAUUUAUUCUCACAGUUCUGGAGGCUGUGAAGUCCAAGAUCAAGGCAGCAGCAGAUGCAAUAUCUGGGGAGGGCCCACUUCCUGGUUCAUAGAUGGCAUCUUCUCACUGUGUCCUCACAUGGUAGAAGGGGUGAGGGAUCUCUUGUGGGCUUCUUUUACAAGGGCACUAAUCCAAUUUAUGAGGGCUCCUCCCCCAUGACCUAAUUACCUUCCAAAGAUCCCACUUCUUAAUACUAUCACCUUGGGGAUUAGAUUUCAAAUAUGAAUUUGGGGGAGAUACCAAUAUUAAAUCUUUAGCAGAUGAAAUUAGUAGUACUUUGAAAAUGUUCCCGCUGUCUUCUCAGACUACAAAAAAAAAGUGUGAGUCAGCCUGUUGUGUGGGAGAAACACAAGCAAGCACAAGUGUAAGUAGGUGUGCUAACCUCAGACAACGCAGCUGUCAGAACUGUACUUUCAGGUUAGGAGGACUGAGGGAGAGGCAGAAAGGAGGCAUGCAUGCUGCAGGAGUGGUAGCCUCUUUGAUGCGAGGAUAAUGGGACAGGAAAUGUUUUUCAGGCAGAGGUCAGCAUCAAAGGAUUAAGUGAAUUAGCAGCUGGGAAGGAUCAAAAGAUAUAUUCAGGGCAGUUCCCAGACCAUGAACUGUGCUCACAGUGGUGUGAUGCCAAGUGCUGUCCUUUAAGGCAGCAUAGGGCUCCUCUAUGCUUCAGGUGCCUUGUCCUAUCAACACUACAAUUCCAAAGAAAGAAGUUACUCCAUCUGCUUGUGCAAAUCUUACACUGGGGACUCUUGUGGGACCUCAGGACACUAUUACGGAAUACAAACUAGUCACUUGAUGUAAAGCUAAGUCUAGAAAGCCAGACUGGAACAAGGUAUAAUGUGUCCCUAAUGCCACACUGAGGAAUGGGACUUAAUUGCAAUAAGCAGGGAAACACUUGUGCAUUUUUAAAUAGGGAAAGGACGGGAUUAGAACUGACCUUUCCUUCUCCCCGUGCCACCACCAACACAACUCACACUAGUCCCAGCUCUGAAAUACUGAGCUUGCCUUUUGGUGCGUGUAGUAUUUUUUCCUUUCCUCCAGACCCCAUCUUUUCCUUUCCACUACACAAGAUUCAAGAAUGUGAAAGAUGGCAGCAAAAUUAAAUGGUUUACACUCUAUAAUUUGGAGGGUUUAUAUUAAUAGCAGAGUUUCUCCACCUCAUUUUGGACCAGUAAGUCUCUAUUGUAGAGCGCUGUCCUGGGCAUUGUAGGGUGUUUAGCCCAUCCCUGAACUCUACUGGCUAGAAGCCAGUGCACUACCUGUGAUGACAAUGAAAAAUGUCUUCAGACACUGCCAAAUGUCCCUUGGAGGGCGAAAUCUUCCCGAGGAAGAGACAUUGUUUUAGAGUGGAUGUCUGUUCAUUUACAAAGCAAGUUUUUUGUUUGUUUGUUUUGUGAGACAGGGUCUGCCGCUGUUGUCCAGCCUGGAGAGCAGUGGGGCAGUCACAGCUCACUGCAGCCUCAAACGCCCAAGCUCAAGCAAUCCUUCCACCUUAGCCUCCGAAGUAGCCACCACUGUGUGCCACGACACCAGGCUACUUUUCUUAGUUUUUGUAGAGACUGGGGUCUCCCUGUGUCUCUCAGGAGCUAUUGGCUUCAAGUGAUCUCACCUUGGCCUCCCAAAGUGCUGGAAUUAUGGACAUAAGCCACUACUACACCACUACCCCGGGCCUUUUUAUUUUAUUUUAUUUUAUUUUAGCUUGGAAACAAAAAUAUCUAACUUUUAAUUCUUAUGAAGCUUGGACUCAUAUUCUAGAUACAAGAGUCGUUUAUUAUUUUUCUUUUUUCUUCCUUUAACACAGUAGUGAUGACUUCCUCUCACAUAAUCUUAGGGGCAUUUUUUUACUUAAAAGCAAUGAGUCCGUUUCCAUUUCAACAUUGCCUUUUCAUUAUUAGCAUCAGAUUUGCUUGUCUAGACCUCUGGAGCAAUGGAAAUCUGGUGUUUGCCUGUUCAGGGCAAAAUGCUCAAAGCUGCCUCAUUUCACACCCUACACCAAUGUCUGGGCAGGACUUCACCUUUGGCUUAUAUUGGUGAUUAAACCACUUCCCUCACAGACAUUGAUAUGGACACUGUCAGUUCCUGAUUAACUGGAAAAGCAAUAGAAGCGAAAUUUAUUACACUCUAUUAAGACGUGUACACUUCCAAAAGUAAUGCAGAAUGAUCCCAUGAGAAGUUUAUCUGCACCUUUUCUUCCCAUCAGAAUUGUAGAGAACCAUAGCAGUAUUUUUGCAGGUUCUCAGGAUCUAAAUCGGGCCCCGAAGACACAGCACCAGCUGCUCAGGAACCAGGAGACUUGCCCAAGGACCGCCUGCAGCAAUGGUUCCGGUAGAGCUCCUCUGUUAUAUGCUCUAGUGAGAUCUAGAGUCUGCACUCAUCCACAGUAACCACCAUACUUAUAGCAAUGGGAAAAUCAUGGUACAUUAGUCAAGACAGACCCGAGGAAAGAUCCUCCACGGGUCCUGGCACUCAACAAGUCUCAGUAAAAUGUCCAGUGAAGCUUGAGUAGACGGGUUUACAUAGCAGCAGCAGCCACAAGAAAAUUUUAUUGCUUCAGCCUCCGUUGAGAAAACAGGGACAGUAUUUGUUAAACCACAGCACAAAAAUGAGGUUUUAUUUAUUUAGAGACGGAAUCUCACUCUGUCGCCCAGGCUGGAGAGCAGUGGCGCGACCUCAGCGCACUGCAACCUUUGCCUUCCGGGUUCAAGCGAUUCUCCUGCCUCAGCCUCCCAAGUAGCUGGGAUUACAGGCGCGGGCUAAUUUUUGUAUUUUUAGUGGAGACGGGAUUUUGCCAUGUUGGCCAGGCUGGUCUUGAACUCUUGAGCUCAAGUGAUCCGCCCACCUCGGCCUCCCAAAGUGCCAGGAUUAUUGGCGCGAGCCACCAUGCCCGGCUUAACAUUUUAAAUUUCUUAGUGGCUUGAAAAGAAAGCACUGUAAAAGUAUUCGCCUUCCCUAUCCUCUGCAUAUGUUUGUUUAGAAAGUAGCAAAACAAACCCAAGUGUUUACUAAUUCCUAACAUUUAAACUGGAAAGACUGGCCAUAAGAAAUGACUUCAUAAAAUUGUUAGUCCAUCCUGAGGUGACGUCUUGCCUCCUCAUCCCCAGGCGGCGCAAUGGGAGUGACUACGUGGUGCUUGGUGUCGUGAGAGCUGCCCUGGGAAGGGAACUUGGGGUUCUCAGGCUGCUAAUGACGCGGUCUCCUAAGGGUCCCAGGACAACUUGAGCAGUCCCCGAGAGCAGGCCCCGGCCGGGGUUCCGCGGGGACCCCUUAGAGCAGCCUGCUCCUCCCCCAGGCGCCAGACCCAGUGGCACGGCCACUUUAAGGGCGCCCGGGGCGUGCUCGCCCUCAGCUGCAGCCAGGAGCCAUUACUGCGGCGGCACGCAGCGGCUGUGGAGCUCCUCCUGCUGGGAGGCUGCCACCGGACCCAGCACGUGGUAGGCGGCCAUGGCUGCUUCAAUUAUCUGCCAGGAGCACGGCCGGAUCUCGGGCCAGGCAAAAAUAGACGUCUUAUUAGUUGGAGAUGUCACUGUGGGCUACCUGGCUGAUAUGGUACAGAAAUUAUUUUCAAACACAGCAGAAGUCGCCAUCACCAUCAGUGACCUGAAGGAGGCAGCAGCACUUUUGGAUGAUUGGAUAUUCAGUAUGAUUUUCUUGAAGAUGCCUUCUUCACUAAGUGCUGAGGAGCUAGAAGCCAUCCAGUUAAUUAGAUUUGGCAAAAAGAAAAACACACAUUCGCUGUUUGUUUUUAUAAUCCCUGAAAAUUUUAAAGGUUGUAUUUCAGGACAUGCAGGUGAUAUGACUUUAACUGAACCACUGACAAUGGAAAAAUUGAGUAUUGUGGUAAAAUACUGGAAUACAUGUCUCUCAAACACUGUUAAGAUUGAAAAUGCUACUGGGCCAGAAGAACCUGGAUUGCCCCUGCAGAGGUCUUACAGCGAACACCUGGGAUAUUUUCCUACUGAUCUAUCUGCCUGCCCUGAAUCUCUAGGAAAUGGCAAUGGGCUUGAAUUAAAUGCUUCAUUGUCAGAGCCCGAGAGAAGCAGAAAGACUUCUCUUCUUCAUUCAAGCAAGGAAAAGCUAAGAAGAGAAAGAAUCAAGUAUUGCUGUGAGCAGCUGCGUGUUCUCUUGCCAUAUGUAAAGGGGAGAAAGAAUGAUACAGCUUCAGUUCUUGAGGCAACAGUUGAGUAUGUGAAAUAUAUCCGGGCGAAAAUUCCCCCAGCCGUUAUGGCCCAGAUUACAGAAGCACUUCAAAGCAACAACAGAUUUUGUAAGAAACAACAAACACCUCUCCAGCUGUCUCUCCUAGGCACUGUCAUGGCACAGUGGGAAAAUAGUGUGCCGAGCACUUACUCUCCUGAGAGAGGGCUCCAGUUCCUGCCUAACACGUGCUGGAAUGUGUGCUCCACUCCUGGUGCAGUGGGCUCUUUGGAUGAAGCUGUGAGAGGUCCGUUAAGCUCCACCUCAGAGAAUGCUAUUGGUGAUCAGUAUAAAACUCAGAUUCCCAAUGCAGCGCCCUCUCUGAAUUCCUUCCAUACUGUCAGAUAUUAUUCUAACGUCACCCCUUCCUAUGACGAAACUGCCGUAACAAAUCAGAACAUUUCGAUUCAUUUACCUUCAGCCGUGCCCCCGGUCUCAAAUCUUCUCCCUCAGCACUGCACUUCUGGGUUGGGCCAGACGUGCACUACACAUCCCACCUGUCUGCAACAGUUUUGGGCAUAUUAAAAGCACUUGUUUGAAAUUCACACUUUCAACCACCUACUGGGCGCAGUUUAACCAUCUAGGAAAAGUGGAACAAAGAAUGAUUUUGAAAGCUCCACCCAAAGACCUAAUAACAAAAGAGUUAGCAUGGUCUGGCUUCUGAUCAAUGCACUCAAAGCUUCCGCAGAUAGAAAAGCCAGCAGUGAAAAGCUGGUCGCACGCUGUCACUCAUCUUCAUACACGCUUGGAUCCCUGCCAGCCAGAGAGCUACAAGAACAAAUGACCUCAGUGACCUACACUCUCUCUUCUCAAAAAACAUUCCACAAUUUAUGAAAAAAAGCAUGCUCUAAAGAAGAUCCAUGUAGAUGUGAUAAAGUGAUAAGAUUGGGAAGGUGUGUUGAUACCUCAUGUCACUGAGUGCAGAUACCACAACUUGACUCUUAUUUUUAGUGUCCCCGUGAAUUACUGUCACUCAUUUCUAGGUGGUGUGUUUUCCUUAUUUGACAUUUUAGAGAGUUUCCUUCUUCACUUACCAUCCAAACUAAGAUACCCAGAGAGAUGCUGCAAGAGGGGUUUACCUCCUCACUUGACUACUAUGAAUAAAUUGAUGUGUGUUUUUGCCUUUCACAAUCCCUUGAGUGAAACAAUGGCUAAUAGGUAAAUAUUUCUUUCAGGACCUUUAGUUACAGACUAGCAGGUCUUUUGUUUUUCAUCUCUUCCUCCCUGUGGGUAUUAGAAAGGACUGUUGAAAGUAAGGGGGAAAAAAAGGUUUGUUUUAUAUUUCACUGAAAUGUUCUUAUACAUAAGUUUUAUUGUUAAAUAAAAUAAUCAGUUUUCACCCUGAA